UAUGCUGCUAGUUAAAUUUUGAAUUAUAAAGAAAAUCUGCAAUAUUUUAUUAUCUUAAUCCCAGGCUUUACUAAAAUUUGUCUAAUAAUAAUAAUUAUGAUCUAUUUUAAACUUUGUCCAAUUUAUUGUUAUUACAUCCAUUCAGCUUUUGAGGUUAGGGGAAGACAAAAGUGUCAAAAAAUGAUAAAUUACCUACAGGUAGAAAACUAAAUAUUUACCUACAAUUUAAUUACAACGGAUAUUGACAAUCUAUUUUUGAGUUUGCUAAAUACACCAUAAAAUACAUAUGAAAAAAUGAUUUCUGAAGUAAAAAGUUAUAGAUGUGGAAAUCCUAGUUCAUAGGCCUUUAUUUAGAUAUACAGAAACCAACAGGAUACAUGAUACAGGAUUUUAUGAAGAUUAUAAAUCAUAAUGGGAGUAGCAAGUAGCUUUCUGGAACGGCACUGCCACAUAAUAGAAUUAAUGCAUACCAUCCAUAAAAAUGAUAUCAAGACCUUGAAGAGAAAAAUUAAGUAUGCAGAAACUACAGAUGCAAUGUUGUUAUUUUUGGAAGCAAUCCGUAGAGAAAGAAAACAGUUUUUUGAUUUCCUAUUAGAGAAACUUAAUAUUUUAUCAGAAGAUCUAUGUGAUCAUAUUGAAUCAGGUUACUAUGAACAAUGUUUUUCUGCAAGUGUCAACUGCUCAGAUCCAUAUUACGCAACGAAGCUUCUGGAAGUGUAUGAUUUUAUACCGAUUCAUAAAAGAUCUGCUUUGUUACACAUAGCUGUCCAUGUUGAAAACGAAUUUAUCGCCCAUCAGCUUAUUUUAAAAGGAACUGAUAUAAAUGCUUUUGACAUAAUAGGACAGACACCGCUGGAUGAUGCUAUAAAGUGUAAUAAUAUGGACUUGGUGUGUAUGUUACUUUAUUAUGGAGCAUAUACCAAUCACUUACCUGAUAACUUGACUUCUUUUAUGUAUUCUAUAAUUUGCCAGUGCACAGAGGACAUCCAGAGGGUUUUGAUAGACUAUGAGGCUGACUUUAACUUAACGUGUAACGGAACUAGUACUCUAUUUUUUGCUAUCAAGUAUAAGAGUCCUGUUACUUUAGACAUUAUAGAACAUGGUGCCGAUGUUAGUUAUUACGAUGGAAUACAUAAUUCUGUGUCUCUAGCAAUGCUUUAUGACUGUGAUUCUAGCGUUUUCAAAGUGAUAUGGGAUAAGUUCGAUUAUAAGGUUUGGACAAUUUCUUAUAGUAAGUCAGUGUUGAUUAAGUUUCUUCAAACUGAUACCAUCAUAACGGAAUGGGUGGAAUAUUUGAAAAUAUUCAUAGAGAAUGAAACCAAGUUACGACUGGAUUUAGAACAUCACAAUAACUCGUAUUUUUACAAGUCGGAUCCCAUAAUUUCCAUAUUCUAUUUGCGGUGCCUUGAGAAAGAUGUGGAUAAAGGCAUCAUAGAAUCUUUUGUAUUCCACUUACUUUCACAUGGAGCACAUAUCUUUGAAAAAGACAUUGACGUGAUUUAUAGAAAGUUAGGAGUUAUAACUCCAUUUUUGGAGUCGUUAUUAUAUAUGGAUUUACAAAGUAGUAGUCACGACUCUUACAGCAUCAUGUACUUUAGAUAUACCCCUGUGCCUAACGUAAAUAUAUUUCUUAUGAAUACGAUUUUUCCAUCUGAUGCCCUUCUGAGCUGCUUAAAGUAUUUGAGAAGGUUCUAUGCUUUUGACAGCGACUUGAAAAUGCAAAUAUUAGAUAUUUUAGGAUCUGAAGAAAUUAAUUAUGAAGCUUGUAAAAAGGUUCUUGACGAAUCUGUUACGUUUCCUUCAUUGUUACAAUUAUCUAGAGAUUCUGCAAGGCGAUCGAUUUGUUUGAAAUAUGUUGUAAAUAAUAGUUGUAAAUUGUACACAAUAAUCAAACAUUUGUACUUGCCGAAAUACAUAGAAAAUAUUUUGUUUUUUGAUAUAUGUUUAUACUAUUUUCCUACUUAAUUUGUAUUGCCGUUUUGUAUUGUUUACAUCUUUUAAAAUUCAUCUGAAUGUGAUCAUUACUUUUAAUUAAAUUAUUGUAAAAAAUGUUAAGCACUGUUUAUUUAAUAAAGCAUCAUUAAUUGUGA